CCCUUCUCUCAUCAACACACAAAAUCAUCAAAAGUUGGAUCAACUUCAGCUGUGGGGAGCUUCUUUUCUCUGAUUCAGAAAUUCAUAUACAAUCACAGAAAUAAGCUCUUUCCAUAGCUUUUCAUUUCAUCUCCAUUUGAAUCAUCAAUCAUCAUCAAUGGCUCGCUCUUUCGCUAACACCAAGGCUCUCUCUGCUCUACUCCUUGACGGAAUCUCCACCUCUCUCACCAGACGCGGUUACUCUGCUGCUGCGGCAACACAAAGCGCAACAAGAGGAUCAGGAAUGACAAAGAUGGGAGGGGAAGAUAAAGGUGCUUCAACUUACAAGGUUUCAUGGGUGCCGGACCCUGUCACUGGUUACUACAAACCAGAGAACACCAAGGAGGUUGUUGAUGUUGCAGAAAUGCGCGCUAUGCUUCUCGCCAAAAAAUUCAACAACUAAUUAAUCAAUAUCUCAACCAAUUUAAGAAAUGUUUCGUUAAAAAAAGAGUCAUAUGGCAUAAUAGAAACUUGGAUUGUUCUGUUUAUCAUGAAGAGCAUGGAAUAUUGAUGAUGGUGAUGAUGUGUUCUGUAGUGACGUCCUCUGCUUGAUGACGAUGAAACUAGAUCAAUGCUUAUUUUCCCAUUAUUUUGCUCUUCAUAUUAGUUUUAGAAACCAGUAGAAUGAGGAUUGGCAGCUGAUCAAUGGUGUAACAUCUUCUAAUUUUACUGAAUACAAUUAGUAUUUUUUUCCUUCCUAAAA